GCUGUCACUGUCUGCAGUGUAUGCGUGUGCUCCUGCUUCAGUGGGUUGCCUCUGUGUCUUUGCAAGCACAUGUACUUGUUUUCGUCUCGGUGUGUACUGUUGUUCGUUUACGGUCGCGUUUGAAAUGGCGAAUGGACCGAAGUCCAGCAGCAGUCUUCUGAGAUACGGAACCGUCGCGUCUCUUCUGGUUAUUCUGUUGGCUUUGUGGUACCGAUCCCCGGUCCAGCAUUCACUCGACCACAGGCUGGACACAGUUUUAACAUCGCUGCUGAGAGCCGAGAGUAAAGUGGACAUCGACAGCUUUCGCAGACCCAAAGUGGCCAUAGGUUUCGGCGGCUGUGUGGACAUUAUUGUGGACGGCGUUAAGCUCUUAAAUGAGAUUGGUCUUAAACCCAGCAAAACCCCCUUUCAUCACGACUGCAUUGAAAGCAGGGAGCAGCUCUCCCAGAGCUUUGCAUACUUCUUUCCACCCGGGGCAGCCUCAGAGAGAUUCCUGUCCAAUGACACUUUGUUUAAUGAGCUGGUGGAAGCAUCACGAGGGCUCCAGGGGAAUCGAUGGGCUCUCGGAGGGAACGCUGCAGUCAUGGCUAACCGACUAGCCUCGGAGGGGUGUGACGUGCUCCUGGGAGGCCGCUUCAGCCCAGAAGUCACUGAAGUCCUUUCUGAUCACGUGACAGUGGCUGGGAAGCCAGUAGAGGACCCUGAUAUUCACUUGAUUCUAGAGUACCCCACUGGGGCGAAAUGGGGAGAGUACGUCUCCAGGAGAGCAAACAGGUACAUCGUUCACAGUGAUGACCACAACCCUCUGCUGGAUUCCCUGGAGGACUUUGAGGAGCAGCUCCAGGCUUUCAGGCCGGACCUCCUUGUGAUUGGUGGGCUCCAGAUGAUGGAUAACUUUCCAUUUGAAAAAGAUGUGCGCGAGGCCCGGCUGGAGCGUCUGAAUGCCAUGAUGCUGUCGGUAGAUGAGGCGACAGACAUCCAUUUCGAGAUGGCCUCCUUCGUGGACGAGGGUUUGAUGCGGGCGCUGCUGAGCCAGGUGGUGCCCCAUGCCAGCUCUCUGGGCAUGAACGAGCAGGAGCUACCCAACCUUCUCAGCCUGCUGAAGGGAGGCAACGUCACUGUGCUCUCCGACCCCAACCCCCGCGUGGCCACCGUCCUGGACCAGAUGAGGGAGCUGUACCGCCUGCUGAGCACUGAGAGGCAGGGCCAGGCCGGGGGCCGCAGACUCACCAGGCUGCACGUCCACACCCUGGCCUUCCAGGCCAUCAUCGUGACUACAGGCUCCCCCUGGAAGAACACCAUGUCAGCCACGGCCAAGGCUUCCCUCACCGCCAACCGGCAUGUGUGCGGCUCGCCCGACAUCAACCCCGGCAAGGCCAAGCUCAUCAUGGACGACUCGUUCUCCAUCAGCCGCCAGGAAGGCAGCCAGAGAAUGCCCUUGCUGGAGACCAAGCCCGUGGCCUGCUGGUUGGAGGCUGACUAUGAGGUGUGUGUCGCCCCCGUGCUGGUGUGCACAGACGUGUACCAGACUGCUGGAGGAGGGGACAAUGUCUCAGCGGCUGGGUUAGUGCUGCAGAUUUAACACGGAGGAGACACUCUGGAAAAUUAGAAACUUAUUCAACUCAUGGAAGACAGUGCCCACUUAUGUGAAGUGCUUUUUAAAAUGUAUUCUCUUUUAACACUUUUUUUUUACUUCUUUUUCAAUCUUUAAACACAUCUAGCUACGGUAGCUAUCAAAUGCAUAUAAGCUGUUGUGGGACUGCAGCUUCAUUUUUUCUGUUUUACUGCUUAUUAUGUAGAACACAUGCGAGUACAGGACACCUGGGUGUAGUGUUCCUGCUUCUGGGUGUCUGUGGGGUUGCUGGUAAGUUUUUUACUACAGUUGCUUUGUAGCCAAGUAUAUGUAGCUGUUAACUGAUACCCCCCCCCCCCCCCCCCCCCCCACC